AGGCAAUGGCGCAACAACAACAAUCCCAGCUUCAGCAACACCAACACCAACAAGCCCCAAAACAGAAGCAAAAUAGUCCCACGAAUAAUAAUACCAUCGAGGCCUGGAGAUCCAUUCAGGGUGGUCAUCAGUGGUGGAGUCCACCUAGUAAUGUUCAUCAGGAACAGGUGCAGGUACCUUCUGUUGUUCAUGCUACGAGUCAAGCCCAAACUUUGCCUGCAUCUUUGUGUCAGAGGCAGCAGACCUCUGAGAUUGAUCAGCCUCUCGAUUUUUCUGUCGGGUCCUUGCAGCAGCAGAGACUGCAGUCGAGGACGAGGACUGUUCAUGAGAGGCUACAGGUCAGGAUGCAAGAUAACAACAAUGGAACGGGCAGCGGACAGAAACUUGUAAAGAGUGGCAGCAGGAGAAGUUAUAGUCCUAGCGAAGGAAGUUCAAGUGGAAGCGAGGACGAAGGGGUUUCUACUGGAGGAAGUCCCUCGGGACCACUUCGUGGAGUCGAAAAUGAUUCAUGUGAUCCGUCGGUGGAACGAUCUUAUGGUAAAGUUUGGAUAGGUGAUAAUGAGGUCGCGUGGCGGACGGAACAGACCCUUAAAAGAACAUCACCUUUGAAUCCCUGUGCCACAACAACUAUUACAACCACGACGACAGGUGGUGGAGCCCCAGCGCACCCUCACCUGUCACCUCCCACAGUCGCCCCUGUAUCAACCCCUAAUCUCAGGAGUCCCUCGAACCUUCAAGCAAAUCUUGGCAUCUCACCCGCAAGCGACGCGCUUGGUCGAAUCGACAAGGAACCAGCAUCUCCGGAAUCUAUGCAAGAUGCCGAUUUGCAUGGGGAUGUUGAUGGUCCUGAGCUUAGUGGUGAUGACAGGAGCAUCGCUAGUGAUGUUCAGGAUGGACACGAACCGCAUUUGGAUCAUGAUUCCAUGGACUCUGAUAGGGGGGCCCUCAAUCUGGUUACGGAUGUUUCUCAUAGGAACAGCAGCAGCGGUACCAGUGGUAGCGCAUCCUCACCCAGUUCUGGGGUGAGUAGUCAGCUGACUGGAAGUCAUGCAGGCAACACCGGAAAUUCGCAAGCAGCUUUAGCGGCCCAACUCGUUGGCCAGCAACUCCUCAUGCAUGGAUCUCUGGGUGCCUUGAGUCCCCAGGAAAUCCAAGCGUUGGCUUCGACUCUCCAACAGCAACAACAAUCUCUGCAACAGCAACUUCAGCAGUUCGCAAUGUUCCAACAAGCAAAUCCGGCAGCGGCUGCGGGACAACUUCCUGCACAGGCGCAAUUCUUCCUUCAGAAUCAGGGGCUGUUGCAGAGCGGUGGCUACCCCCAGAGACCAAGUCAUCCGCGCUCACAGUCCAUGCAGGUACAACAGGCGGUUGCACAAGCGGCACAGCAGCUGCAGGCACUACAGAAGCAACAGGCUCUUCAGGGUGGAGGUGGACUUGUAGGGAGGAGUUUAGCUCAACAGAGGUCGCCACCACCUCCAGGAACACCGCCAGCUGUAAAGCCACCCCCUACGAGACUGGAACCUUCGCCUGAGGAAACAACAGACCUGGAAGAACUCGAACAGUUUGCUAAAACGUUUAAGCAGCGGAGAAUUAAAUUGGGAUUCACCCAAGGCGAUGUCGGUCUUGCGAUGGGAAAACUCUAUGGAAAUGACUUCUCGCAGACGACAAUAUCGAGGUUCGAGGCCUUAAACCUUUCCUUUAAAAACAUGUGCAAACUAAAGCCUCUUCUCCAGAAGUGGUUGGAAGAUGCGGAUAAUUCCCUGAACAACCCAAACUCCUUAUCGAAUCCGAUGACGACGCCUGAAGCAAUUGGAAGACGGCGGAAGAAGAGAACUUCGAUAGAAACAAGUGUUCGGUUAGCAUUAGAGAAGGCCUUUGGUCAAAAUCCAAAACCAACUUCUGAGGAAAUCACCAUGUUGGCUGAUAGUCUUGCAAUGGAGAAGGAAGUUGUCAGAGUCUGGUUUUGCAAUAGGCGGCAGAAGGAGAAGAGGAUCAAUCCACCGUCGACAAUGGGUAGUCCGACGAUGACAUCGCCAUCUCCAUCUGUAUUUGCAUCCCUAGCAAGUAGUAUGUCCGGGAGUCCACUAGCCCUGACGACGCAUUCUUCCGGAAUGGGUCACUCGCAUCCCCAUCCAGGGUCCCUUGGUUCACCUAUGCCCCUGGCUUUGGUGGCUUCUGCUGGUGGCAACUACCAUCCUCUAACCGGAAAGUCUCACGAGUGACACAAGCCAGCGACCCAACAAGGGGACGCUCUUUAUCAUCACCAUCAUCAGCAUCACCAUCAUCAGCGACGAUUGUGCAAUCUCCCAGAGUUCUACCACUAAUCCUGGUUCCGGAAAAAGUGUAGGGUGUGAUUGGCGUUGAGAAUAUUCUAACACUGAGUCAACUUUUUCUGUUCUCACUGGUAGGAAAAUUAGGCAUUCGAUUCAGUGAAUUUAGAGAGAGGAACAUUCUCUCCUGGCGAAAGUAAGUACCAAAAUCAGCCGAGGGAUUGGUCAGUGAAAAAAGUGUAAAACAUUGAAGUUGCAGAUUUCCGAGUUUUUAAGUUUUGUGACGUAAUUCUGUUGUUUUCACGAGUUUUGACCGGAUUUUGGCAAGAGUGUGAAGAACUAUGUACAUAGGUAGUAAAGUUUUAUUGUUGUAAAUGUCAUUUCUGUCGAAGGGAGAAUUUUUAAAAGGUCCAAAGAAGAUCGUCUUCUGUAGAACGAUGUCGUCGAACUUUGGCAACGACGAUGUUCCGCUUUUUAUUCCUUCUUCUCGGCUUUGUCUCGAGAAGAGACGACCAAGUAUCAUACCAUGUCACAGAGUUUUUAUAGGACAAUCGCUUAUCGUUGUAUGAAGACGACUUUUUAACUACAGCAUCUGGCGGUAGGAAAGAGGAAUGAUACAGGAAUGUUGGAACUCUUUUGGAUUUGUUUGAUGUUUCAUCUGUAAGGUAUUACGGUCAAAAUUACCUAUCAGUAUUACGUACUACUCCCCAAAUAAUCCUAGCAAAAGUAACACGCAAUUUAAUAUUAUUAAGUGUACCCAAUAACGUAAGAAAUUUCCAGACCCAGAAAAAAGUUUUGUGGAAUUAAAGACAUUCUAAUAUUGCUAUAAGGUCAAAGACACAUUUGUUUCAUUAAAACAAUUUUUUUUUCAAAUUUUAUUUAAAGGAAUAUUUCGUUAAUUUCAAUUUUUAAUUUUCCCUUUAUAUUUCUU